UGUCGUGCGGUAGUGCCGCGAAUAACACGUUUUAUACAUUCACACUACCCGUGCAGUGAUCGCAUUACCUAUCUACCUCUUCCUAUAUUGCAAAAUUUUACAGUCAAUCGGUAUAAGCCAAGCCGACGUAAACGUAAGUCGAUACGUGUUUUUAAAGUUCUUUCUGCGCGGCGCGGGUUAACUAGAGUAGCGUUGAAGUGAGCGUGGCGUGGCAUGCAGCGAUGAUGUAAACUAGUAAUCUGGCCUUUGCGUGUAUUUAGCCGAUCAGCGUUCUAACUGCCGUUUAGUACGAUCUAUUUUUAAUACCGUUACUAAUUUGAUCUGUCACCGAGUUAUUUUCACCAUUCACGAAUAAGCAUCCGGAUUACAUUUCUCACUACCUGGACAUAAGCGCAGCCUAUUUUCAAGUGGUAACUGUAGUGUGGUGUACUCCAGCAAGGGCGAAAAACCAACAUGGUAUUUACCAACAAUAAUUCAUCCUAUUUACCGCUAGACAGCGACCAGCGACCAACAUUUUACAAAAACGAGAACUUGCUGUUCCCACCACUACCACCAUCUUCCGUAGCGUCGGUGGCCUGCAGGCGCAGCAACAACUCACUGAUUAUGCCAUCAGUCGUGACAGCAGCUGCAGUGGAGAACCAUACAAGCUCCAGUCCGAUGGUUCACCACAGCUCCAACGGCUAUUACGGUUACGUGCCGGUUAAUUCGAUACCGAAAGUAAUGUCAACAGGAACAGCAGCAACCACAAUCAGUGGAACAAUCAUCGGCAGUGCUGACGGUAUGAGUAUUCAAUUGGGUUGCUCAUCGUUUGCUACUGCGCCGGUCAACGAUGAUACCAUGAUGGAUUGCAUAGAUGACAGUGAAAUGGAAAACUACCACCAGCAGUCGCACCUCCAGCGAAAACGGAAAGAGCACCUUGAGGAGGCGGAAAUCAGCUGCAAACGCCGAAAAACAUGGCUGGAGCAGCAACCACAGCAACAUUCUUCUGAGGGUUUUGCGUACGGUUCCAACUGUAAUCAGCAGCAGAUGCCAACUUACCAAAUGGAGUCCGUCCAGCCGCAGCCGCAUUUAGUAUCUCAGUCUGCACCAGCAAACGGUGUGUUCGCCAAUGGAUUUACUCACCCACCAACAACGACGACGUUAACACCUACAACGAUUCUCCAGGAGAAAAAUAACGUCGGAGCCACUAGCAAUGGUGUACGGUGGAAUACAAACCGUUCCUCCGAGUCCUAUCUAGCAGAAAAACAUCCCUUUGGCAAAAACUGCCCAGAUUUGCAGGAUCUUUUCGUCAGCUUACACGGUUCCGGGUGCUUUCUGUUGGAUUGAUAUGUUUUAGCAGAAUUGAAACAAUAGUUUGUAAGAUUGCCUUGACUAACAAUUCGCCGUGACAAUUUACACAUCUUUAUUAUAAUAUAUCGUCAACAAACCACCUGUCCUAGUUUUAAGGGAUCCUAUGCAGUGACCUACUUAUCUAGUUUACGAUCGAAUCAUCGUUCAAUAUGAAUCAACUAUGCAAUCAAUUGACAAAUGUUAGACUAAGUAUUUUUGGAAUCACUCAUACCAUUUAAAAUCAUAGUAUUUAAGUUCGUUUUACACAAUCUAGUGGAAUGAUAGUUUUGUUUUAGCGAAAAAUACUAUUUUUUCUACAACACCGCAGUACUAACAUACCAUAUCGCCAGUUCAAGAAGAAAAUGCAACAGUUCAAA